CGGAUUCUUUCUAGAUUUUUCCGUCGCAUCAUUAAGAAUUUCAUCAUGGACGUUUUGGUAGCAAGUUAUCAUUUAUAGACACAAUUUUCGUGUAAAUCAUUAAUAUUAACUAUCUUUUCAACAAAUGACAAAGAUACAUCCAUGGCAAGUGGAGUUAGAGAUGAGGAUUCUCUUCGUCUCGUUCAUUGUUUAUCUACACGGAAUGAGUCUAUACGAAAGCAGGGUCUUAACAUGAUAUCCAAACUGACAGACUCGUGGAUUGAAGGUUAUGGUAGCCCUGUAAAUAGCAUAUAUAUGAGCAAUGGACAGAAAAACGGUACAUCUAUGAGCAAUGGAAAGAAAAAUGGUUCUCAUCCUCUACUGAAGGAACAUUUACCAGACUUUGUUAGAUUGGCAUAUGAGUGUCCCUUUGAAGAUGUACGGGAGUUUUUCUGUGAAUUGAUAGCUGAUAUUCAGGAAAGAGAAAAUAUAACACUGCCAAAACCUUCCACUUUGGGACCAAGUAGCUUCAUACCAAAUAGUUCAAUUAUACCCGUCAACACUUCUGAAGAUCAGACUCAAAUGGUAUUUAUAGACGCUUUCCUGCAGAAUAACAGACUGGAUCACUUGACCCAGCUUAUGGGGUACCACCCUACCUAUUUGGAAAACUUCUUACGGACCCAGCAAUAUUUGCUCCGUGGAGAUGGACCUCUACCAUUUCAUUACAGACACUACAUUGCCAUUAUGGCUGCAUCACGACAUCAGUGUACAUAUUUAAUACACCUUCAUGAAGAAGAGUUCAUCUUACAAAAUGGAGAUCCUGAUUGGUUAAAGGGACCAACUCAUAUUCCAAAGAAAAUUAGGAACUUGUUUGAACUUAACAAAUUAAUGGCACACAGACCAUGGUUGAUAAAUAAAUCUCAUAUUGACAAAUUAACAAGAGGUAAAGACAAUUGGUCACUAUCAGAAUUGAUGCAGGCUAUAUGUUUAAUGGCACACUUCCAUGCCAUGUGUAGUUUUGUGUAUGGAUGUGGUGUACGGAAUGAGCUGGAUCAUAAUGGAGAAUCGUUACAGCGCCGUUUAUCUAUGAGCGACGAUUCAGAUAGUGACACACAGGGAAAUGAACCAGAAGUUAAAAUAGAAGUUUUGAUGGAAAGGAUGAAAAAAUUAAACGAAGACGACAGCGAUGAUCCAACGGAGGAAGAAAGAUUAAAAAGAUUUGAAUCAAUAGAAAAUCAAAGUGUUGAAUUAAUAAGUUCAUCGAUCCCGUCACCGAGAGUAGAAGUGUUAAAAUAUUGUGAAGAUCCUGAGUUUUGCUAUCAGGAUUUUGCUAAACGUGACAAUAUUGACUCUAUACCUACAUUCAGAGCACAAGAUUAUAAUUGGGAGGAGCAUGGAUUCUCAUUAGCUAAUCGUUUAUUAUCUGACAUUGGAAGUAAUUUAGAAGAUCGAUUCAACAUUGCCAUAAAUUUAACAUACUACACAAUGGGGAAAGUGAAAAAUGUUGAUACCAGUGCGUUCAGAUGUGCAAUUUGGAACUAUAUUCAUUGCCUUUAUGGCAUUAUGCAUGAUGACUUUAAUUAUUCCCAAGUUAACCAAUUGUUAGAUAGGAAUUUAAAAUCAUACAUUAAAACUGUGACAUGUUAUCCUGAAAGACUGACUAAAAAGGAUUAUGACAGUUGUAUGCAGGAAUUCAGACAUUCUGAAAAGGUACAUGUGAACUUAAUGUUGUUAGAAGCCCGGUUACAAGGAGAGUUACUGUAUUCCUUACGAGCAGUGAUGCAGCACAUGACGUGAAAAAAACAAUCGAACAAUGUAUCUAGUCUUAUGGCCAAUGGUGCAUUGUGGGUAGUGGCCAUUUUUCUGUGAUAGUCUUUCAUUAAUAAGUGAUACUGGUUUUUAUUUGUUGUGACUGUUUUUAAGUGUAUUGUAGAUUAUAUGAACGAAUGAACAGGGAAAAUCUAUUUUUCUGAAAAGAAGACAAAAUUUAACGAAUUUCAAUUUUUGUAUGUCACUUUUAUCUCAUUUAUUCGAUCAUUUUGUCCAUUUUUAAAAUGCAAUGAUGUGAAAUUUUCUGUAGAAAAUUUGAAUGGUAUAAUGUUCAGCAAUAUAAAUUUCCAGUCUGUCAACAGUACUUUUUGUUUUACCUUUCUAUGCAAAAAAUUUCUAAAGAAUUAAGAAAUCAAUGAGUUUAAAGGUUUUGAAAUAAAUUUUUUCAAGUAUGAUAAUGACAAUAGACCUGAUUUAUAAGUUCAUUUAAGAUGCAAUUUAGAAUGUAUGUCUUUGUUGAAAAUGGGUCGUGAAUGAUGUUUUACAUGUUAUACGAAAUGAGAUUAGCCUUUUUUUUUAUGGCCAAAUCUGUUCAAACACACAAAGCAUUAGAGUGAUGUUAUGAUUGUGAAAUCUUUGUCAGUUUUAUGGCAAUGAUUAGGGUAGAUUUAGUUUUAAUUAUGAGCUUGUGACUGAACAGCAUUUGAAUAGUGAACAAAUUUAAACAUUGUACUGAAAAUUCAGAAAUUAUUGUGUGCAUUUAUUAUUGCAAUGUUUGAAGAAUUAACAAAAAUGAGAGUUUAAAUAUUGUGAUUUUAGGGAAAGCUAUGUACAGAUGUAUGUAUUUGAAAUCAGAAUGUGAAUUCUCAUAUCUGCAAUACUCAAAUUGUCGCAUUAAUUACAUUAAUAAAAACCUCACAAUAAUUUCUGAAUAAUUUCUGAAUUUACAGUAUAUGGAGCUUUGAGAGGUCAACAUUGUCAGAGACAUGUUUUUUUUACGAUGAGUUAGUACAUAGUGCCACUAAGUUGUCAGUUUUGUCAAACAGUAUUAACUUAUUUGAAAAGACGAUAUACAUAGUCAAGAUUUUUCUCAGGGAUGUUUUUUUUUUCGAUAAGAGAAAAGUUAUUGACUUUCGAUCUUUACAAUUUACUUUUAACAUGCUGUUAAUCCAAAUAUAUAAGUAAAAAAAUGCCUAGAUAGUUCAGUUGACUAAAUCAAAGAUUACUUACAAUGUAAGUUACGAUUCUCUUCUUGUGAUGUACACUUGUUUUAUUACAAGUUUUGUUUUCAUUAUUUAUUUUAUUUAUUAACCGUACUUUUUUGAAAGAUGCAUAUUCGGAAAAAUGUUUUAACUAGUUUUUUAGUGCUUUUAUGAUAAAAAUUCAAAUUACCUUGAAGCUAGUUUAAAUUUAAAAGCAUAAUUCUAAAUAUUGGUGCAAAAAAGAGAGCUUCCUGGUAUACAAAUGCAUGUCUGCCAAAAUAUAAAUUUGGGUCUGAAACAUAAAUUUUAAUACAUGUAAUGUUAUUAGAAGAAAAAUUAAGAUUUUAAUUCUAAAUUUGAAGUUUUAUUUUCAAGAAAUUUAAUUUAUAUAGUUGCAUGUAGUCCUUCUUAUGAAAAGAAAAAUCAAGAAAAAAGUGCUGAUAACAAAUUUCUAAACAACACUUUUUAUAUUGUUGAACAGUAUUAAUGCAAAAUUAUUCUAAUUGAAGAGUGCUUGAUAAAAAUGAGAUUAAUAGAGUAUAAUUUUGCGAUUUUGAAUAGCGUACGGGUAUGGCAAAUGUAAUCGAAUGUAAUUAAUUACUGAUUAUUGCAUCAUAACAUUCAUUAAAGUCAAAUACAUGUACAUGUAGGUUCAUUCCGUCGAUCAAAUAUUAAUAUCAUAUCAUAGUCAAUCAUACGAAACAUGUAAAUAAUAAAAGUUGAAAUGUGUUGGGCAUUGAAUGUUAGGUACCCUAUGUUUAUGUUAAGGAAUCGUAGAUCUGUAUUUGGGGUUGAAGCCAUCUUAAAAUUGAAGGUGGAAAAUGAUAAAAGCUUUGAAUAUUCAUGAUUUUAGAUCUGAAUGAUGACAAAAAAAGUGAAAUGGGAAGUAUGUUGAAAAGAGGCGCAAAACUGCUUAGUAAAAGAAAAAUGAAAGAGAGAAUUAUCAUUACAAAUCAGGUUUUGCUUGUAAUUAUUGCUUUUUAAACAUUAAAUUACAAUUUAAUCAUGUUUAUAGGUUGAAAGAGUUUUAAAUCUUCAUGUAUUCAAAGCUUUCAUCAGUUUUCAAACAAUUUUUCAGAUGUGCUGAAACCCUAGUUAAGUUAUUGAAAUUAGAGCAACAUAAAUUAAAAACAGUGCUAAAAGGAUAAGAAAAUAUAUUAUAAUAAAUGUAUAUUAGAGAUCCUUUACUUACAUAAAUAUGUAUUAAUUAAAAAACUUCUUGAACAAAUUCAGGAAGUAAAACUAAAUAAGAUCCGGAGCUUCUGUGUGUUUUUUCAAUGUGGCCUUGUAUAGUGGCUUCUAUACAUUUGAAAGAAUUUGGCUUUUUGCUUUAAUACCUUUUUGGCAUUGCAGCUUCAGAUUUUUUCAUAUGGCCAUAUGGAAGAGUACAGAUUUGCCCUCAAACAAAUAUACUUGUGCUUAGGGCUUUGCUGCAAGAUCAAAUCUUGCCUAUAUCUACAGCAAAUUGCUGUUCAAUAUUAUCUAUCCCUUUGGGAAUUCUUCAUAUUAAAACGAUGUCAUUUUGUGUAAAAAUCAGGCCAAGACGGCUUCACAUGCCUUUGAACAAUCAAAAACAUGGAAUCUUAUGGCAAUUGGUUAAUUAUUUAUUGUUAAAUAUUUACAUGUAAAUUUGUACAUGGUUGUUGUUUGUUACUAGAGUAGAACGUUAUUUUUUCGAAGAAAAAAAAGAAGAAAAAAACAAAUGUGCCAAGCAUUCUAUCUGAAACAAAUUUUGCAUUUUAUGACUAAAAAUAGAACACAAUUUCAUGAUAUACAUUGCAAUAAACAUUGAGUAAUUUUAAUUUUAAUUUUCAUGCUCUUACAUUUGAAUACAAAAUUUUAAAUGUUGAAAUUUACAGUAAAUUUGGUAAAGGUAUUUUUCAAUGUUAGUGGCACAUUUGGAAAAUAGAAAAAAAAAAGAAAAAGUAGCUAACUCUAAAAAAAGAGAGAAAAAAGAAUCAACCAGCAAAUAGGUUCCAUGUAAAAGAUAAUAUUAUUUUUGUGUGAAAUGUUGACCUGAAGUUAUAUAUGAAACCAACUUGACUAUGAACAUUUCUAUUUAUUAUACUAAAACCUUUUCUAUAUUGUGAUAAUGAAUGUUGAAAUAAAAAAAAUAUUUGAAAUA